GUAUAAAAGCCCUCUCCUGUCCACAGUCCUCCAUCAGCUUCAUCGCUUGCCUUCUCUUGCCUUCUCUUCAUCUGAGGAUCUGACUCACCUCCAUCACUCAACACCAUGGCCAACUGUGGACUUGCCUCUGCUGUCCCAUCUUGUGAAGCCACUCCAUCCGUUGCCUUUGGCUCCCGAGGAUUUGGAAGAAGCUAUGGUCUUGGCGCCCGAGGAUUUGGCGGAAAUCUUGGCUAUGGUUAUGGCUCUACCUUCGGCUUCGGCAAUGGAUUCAGUUCUGGCUAUGGCCUUGGGGGCAACGUUGCAGAUGCAGCCAGUUUGGGAGUCCUCUCCGGAGUGAACCCAUCUUGCAUCAACCAGCUUCCCCCAUCAGAAGCCGUGGUUGACCCAGCUCCAUUUGUGAUCACCAUCCCCGGCCCCAUCCUCUCCGCCACCCCCGAGCCUCUCCUUGUUGGAGGCAACACUCCUUGCGCUGUGAAUGGAGUUGGCCUUAGUGGAGUUGGUAGUGGAUUUUAUGGUGGGAAUUACGGUGGGGUUUAUAGUGGGCUAAAUGGUGGGCUAUAUGGUGGGCGCUAUGGGCGUUCCGGAUUCCUGGGGAGAAGAGGCAGCGUCUGUGGCCCCUGCGCGUAAGUUCUCAUGGACUUAUGGCCCUGGAAAUGGAUCAACGGAACAUCUCACAAUGGAACACUCAGGCCUGAGUUUAGUUGGGCUGAACAUCCCCUUCUUGGAUGACAUCCAUGGGAGCGGGCCAAUUUUCAGCACUACUAGACAUCAGAGCCACCUCUCUCUUUAACCGUCCUAAAUACAUGUCUCUCUGUUGUCCCCUUAUGUUUCCCUCUUUCUAUCCCCCCAAUUCUUCAACAUUGAAGAGCAUAGAAUGCCUGAACUCCUCUGUUAAUGUGCCACCCAUGUUCAGUGGAUACAUGGGAGGUGAGGCAAAGAAGUCACAAAAAUAUGUAAUACAACCUUUGCGUAGCCUUUUGUAACAAUAACUGCAACUGUACAUGUAAUGGAGUAGCUGUUCAUUCAUCUCUGUUCUUUAUGUUUUCUCCUUUUCUGAAUUCCGUCUUGUAUGUUUCCGCACUUCUAAUCUUUAAUAAAAUUGACUUUGCACGAUAA